UCGAGCGAAGGCACCGGGAGCCCGCAGCGACCUGGCCGGCCGCUUCUCGGUCGGUUUGGACCCGGCCUGCGAGAGCGAGGUUUGCAGGCUGUGACACCUGUUGGUGUUAUGGCUGUGUAUGUGGAUCAUCGAACAGAAGCUCCUGAUUCAGUUGCUUCCCCCUCUCAUAUAGAAUGGCACCCACUUCAUCCACUCCUGGCUGUUGGUUCCAUCAGCACAGCCUGUGGGGGCUGUGUGGAUAUCUACCUGGAAAAGGGAGAACAUGUGUCUGAUGCACACCUGGAGAGAAGCUUUCAGGUCACAUCACUUUCCUGGCACCCUUCCAAACCCAUUCUUGCAGUAGGCUGGGAGACAGGAGAGAUUGUGAUACUUAACAAGCAAGACAAGGAGCACCACACUGCACCAGCAAGCCAUGACACCAGAAUCACAGUCCUGAACUGGAGUACAAGUGGUACCUGCCUCGUGUCUGGGGAUGGGCAUGGCCUCUUGGUUAUAUGGCGAGUGGACCAGCAAGGCAGAGUGCUGAGUCCUGCCCUGCUGAAACGACAGUAUGGAAAAUGUUUGUCUCUCUGUGUCUUUCGACCGCCCCCUCCUGGCGAGGACUUUGUGCAGCUGGCAAAAGGAGCUGUGGGUGGUGAUGAGAAGGCCUUGGAUAUGUUUGACUGGAGAAAGGCUGGAAAAGGAAAACCUCUGAAAAUGGGACUACAGGAAGGACUGUCCUUCUUUAUCACUUUGACAGAUGGUUCUGUGCAUUAUGUGAAUGAGGAAGGAAAGACAAGCCAGGUGUUGUCCACUGACAGCAUGAUCCAAAAGCUUCUGUUAGUGGAGAAAAGAGACCUUUUGGUUGUAAUAACAGGGAACCUGCAGCUCUCCUUGCAUGCACUUACUCUGGAAGGAGAGGCAGAAGAGCUCAUGAAGGUGAAGUUGAGUGGCAAGAUAGGUCAUUCUGCAGACAUCACCUUAAUAGACCAUAGCCUUGUUGUUACAGCACUGGGUGAGACAGUCAUCAGGUUCUGGGAUUUGGACCGAAAUGAGAACUAUGUGCUCUCUACAGAUGUGCAGUUUGGCUUUGAGAGGGGAGAAUGUAUUAACUGUGUUUCUUACUGCAGUGCUAAAGGUCUCCUAGCAGCUGGUACUAACAAAGGGAGAAUAGCUAUGUGGAUGAGAGCAGGAUCUGAGCAGAGCAUGUGGGCUUUGGAGGGUGAGGAGAGGUGGAAGCUCCAGGCAUCUACAGAACUUGAAGGCAAUGUCACUCAGAUAAAGUGGGGCUCCCGAAAAAACCUGUUGGCAGUGAACAAUAUCAGCUCUGUGGUGAUCCUCAGUGAACAGGCCAUGUCCUCACAUUUUCAUCAGCAAGUGGCAGUUGUGCAGGUGUCUCCCAACCUGUUUAAUGUGACAGUCUUCAGCACAGGAGCCACACACAGCCUUCACCUUGACAUGAAUGUUAAUGGAGUCUUUGCUACCCAGGAUGCAGUAGUAUUCUGGAAUGGGAAGCAAGUUACUGUCUUUGAGUGCUCAGGAGAUACCUUCAGAAAUGCAGGCUCUUUUCUUUGUGACUCUCCAGUUCUUUCUGUGCAUGGAGAAAAUCUGUACACAGUUGAGCCCUAUCAGGUCCAGGUCCGCACUCGGCAGGGUACAGUCAAACAGCUGAUGGUGUUCUCUGAAGCUGAGGGGAAUCCGUGCCUCUUGGAUGUCUGUGGGAAUUUCCUGACUGUGGGAACUGAUCUGGCUCACUUUAAAAUCUUUGAUCUAUCUCGGAGAAAGGCAAAAGUGCACUGCAAUAGCAAGAAUUUAUCUGAGCUGUGUCCUGGCCUUGGAGGGAUUGCAUCUGUCAAGUGCAAUGCUAAUGGCAAUCAAGUCAGCAUCCUUAUUAGCAAGGCAGAUGGGAGUAUUGAUUCCAAGAUCUGUUUCUAUGAUGUUGAAAUGGACAGGGUUACACUCUUUGAUUUCAAGGAUGAACAGGGAAAGAGUAGAAAGAAUCUUUCCUCUGGACAAGGCAUUGACAAGUCUGUUGUGGAGUAUCCAGAGUUGUACAGUCACAUCCCUGCUUGCCAUUUUUGGGACCUGAGUGAACCAAGACUUUUUGUGUGUGAAGCAAUUCCUGUAACAGGCCUACAAUCUCCAGACCAGAAGAAAAUCCAGGCUGAGAGCACAAUGUAUGCUUGGAUAAUAUCAUUCUUCAGUACUGAAGAGCAUGGCCUUUUGCUUCAUGACAGCUUUCCACUGCCUUCAUCCUACCAGGCUCUUUUGGGGAUAGAGGUGCCACAUUAUUACUUCGCAAAAAACCUGGGAGAAGCUGAGAAAGGACAAGGGGAUCCUGCCUCAAUGAAGGCCUCUCAGAUGGUUGCAAGAAGACCCCUGAGAUAUUUCACUGGACUGGGAGACUGUGAUAAGACCACCCGGGAUGCCAUGCUGAACUUCAGCUUCUAUCUGUCAGCUGGAGACAUGGAUAAGGCCUUCAGCUCCAUCAGGCUGAUAAAAAGUGAGGCUGUCUGGGAGAACAUGGCUCGCAUGUGUGUGAGGACCCAGAGGCUUGAUGUUGCCAAAAUCUGCCUUGGAAACAUGGGACAUGCCAGAGGAGUCAAGGCCCUGAGGGAUGCUGAGCAGGAACCCGAGCACGAGGCCAGAGUGGCCAUGCUGGCUAUGCAGCUGGGCAUGCUGGAGGAUGCAGAACGUCUCUACAAGGCUUGCAAGCGCUACGACCUCCUCAACAAGUUCUACCAAGCCUCCAACCAGUGGCAGAAAGCAAUCGAAACGGCAGAAACUCAGGACCGGCUCCACCUCCGCACCACCCACCACAACUACGCCAAGUACCUGGAGGCCACCGGCCAGCAGGGCCCUGCACUCACCCACUAUGAGAAGUCAGACACACACAGGUUCGAGGUACCCCGAAUGUUCUCUGAAGACUUACAAGGCCUGGAGAACUACGUCAACAAGAUGAAAGACAAGAGCCUGUGGAAGUGGUGGGCUCAGUAUCUGGAGAGCCAGUCAGAUAUGGAACCUGCACUAAAAUAUUAUGCACUGGCUGAAGAUUAUUUUUCCCUGGUCCGCAUCCACUGCUUUCAGGGUAACAUUGAGAAGGCUGCUGAAAUAGCAAAUGAAACAGGGAACUGGGCAGCAUCAUACCAGGUGGCCCGCCACUAUGAGGGCCAGGGUGAAAUCCAUUGGGCUGUGCAUUUCUACACCAAGGCCAAGGCCUUUAACAAUGCCAUCCGACUGUGUAAGGAGAACAAUUUAGAUGAUCAGCUGAUGACCCUGGCUCUUCUGAGCUCUCCAGAAGCCAUGAUAGAGGCAGCCUGCUAUUAUGAGGAAAAGGAGGAGCAUAUGGACAGAGCUGUCAUGUUGUACCACAAGGCAGGACAUAUCUCCAAAGCUCUGGAGCUUGCCUUUGCCACGCAGCAGUUUGAGGUCCUCCAGCUCAUUGCUAAGGACCUGGAUGGGAAAUCAGACCCAGCUCUGCUCGCCCGCUGCUCAGAUUUUUUCAUGGAACACUCUCAGUAUGAGAAGGCAGUGGAGCUGCUGCUGACAGCCAGGAAGUACCGUGAAGCUCUGCAACUCUGCCUGAAGCAGAACCUGACCAUCACAGAGGAGAUGGCUGAGAAGAUGACAGUCUCCACGGACUCUGAGGACCUCUCUGAGGAGUCCAGGAAAGAGCUGCUGGAGCAGAUUGGUGACUGCUGCAUGAGACAGGGCAAUUACCGUGUGGCUGCCAAGAAAUACACACAAGCUGGAAACAGGUUAAAGGCUAUGAGUGCACUGCUGAAGUCUGGAGACACUGAGAAGAUUGUCUUCUUUGCGGGAGUUUCCAGACAGAGAGAGAUUUAUAUAAUGGCAGCCAACUAUCUGCAGUCACUGGAUUGGUGUAAGGACCCUGAGAUUAUGAAGAAGAUCAUCACCUUCUACACUAAAGGAAAGGCCUUUGACCUACUGGCAGGUUUCUAUGAGGCUUGUGCUCAGGUAGAAAUUGAUGAGUAUCAGAACUAUGAGAAAGCACUGGGAGCACUGACAGAAGCAUGUAAGUGCCUCUCAAAAGCAAAGACAAAAAGCCCUCUGGAGCAGGAAAGCAAACUGGCACAUUUGCAGAGGAAGAUGACCCUGACAAAGCGAUUCAUCACCGCUCAAAGACUUUACUCUGAACAUCCCAACGAAGCAGUCAGAGACUGUGAACUUCUCCUGGCUGAAGAAGAGAUAGACAACGCCAUCCGUCAUGGAGACAUCCUGGGAUUUCUGGUGGAACACUAUGCACGAGUGGAGGAAUUCCAUCUGGCUCACCGCUACCUGGAAGAGAUGCAGAGGAAAAUUCCAGCCACAAACCUGAGCUGCUUCGUGGCUCAGGAGAGCAUUGAGGCCGUGCAGCGAGGAGUGGGAAUUCCUGCCAGCAGAACCCUGGCUGCUCAGCAACUUCACCACAGCAGCAUGGAGACCAAGGAGGUGGAAGAAGAAAGGGCUGAUGAGGUAGAGGACCCUUGAAAGUGUAAGAGUUACCAAACACAAAGUUGAUCUCACUGCCAGGUCACCAGCUGUGGCCUCGUUAGGGGUCA